AUGGCAACCGCUCCAACAAGAUUACAAGUAUUAGCUUUAUACAAACAGUUUAUUAAGAAUUCAAAACAAUUCAAUAAUUAUAACUUUAGAGAAUACUUUCUAAGAAGAUCAAGAGAUUCAUUUAAACAAAAUAUGGCAUUACAAAAACCUGAAGAAGUAAGUAGAGCUUAUUCAGAUGCUAAAGAAGAACUAGGAAUAUUAAAACGUCAAGCUGUUAUUUCUCAAAUGUAUACAUUCGAUAAACUAGUGGUGGAACCAUUAAACAAUAAACAUCAUCAUUAA